CACAUGCCCUUCCGCCCGCUCCUCCCCAUCCAUCCAUGGGCUAUCCCCCGCCGCCGCCUUCCUACCAGGCCGCACUCCCCCCGGGUCUCCCCCACGCUCCUCCUCCGCCUCCCCCAAACUACCAGGGCCCCUGGCCGCCCCCGCCGCCCCCAAUGCCCUUCCCGCACCCGCAACAGCCCUCCCACUUCCCACCGCCAUAUCAACAGGGCCCCCCCGGCCAGCCCCCGGCAGCCGCGCAAUACCACCACCCGCCGGGCCAGUACCAACCACAGCCAGGCCACGGCUCCUACGCCGCCCAGCAGAUGCCCCCGGGCUCAUACCACUUCCCCCCGCCCCACCCAUCGCACGCCCACGCCCACGGCCACGGUCGGGGCUGGCAGCAGUACCCACGCGGUCGCUAGGUAGUCGACAGUCCAUAGAGCGGUAGAUAGAGACUAUUCACACCCAAUGUACCCAGCCAACAAAG